AUGUCUGUCGCCCAGUACGAGGACGCUUUCAACAGAUUAAUGAGGUACAUGCCUAUUUACAAAGAGGACGAAAGAGUCAAAGCGCAGAAGUUUUUGGGAGGACUGAGUCUGAAGCUUCAGAGGGCAUUAAGUAGUAUAAAUACUCAGUCUUACUUAAAAGUGGUGUUGCAAGCUUUUACCACUAAGGCUAACCUAAGCCGAAUCGAAGCUAUCCAAGGAGAAAGUCAACAAAAGAGAAAUCAUAAAACAGACAAGAAAUUGGAACUCCAAAGGCCGAAGUUCAAACCUAGCACUCCGUGCCGAUUUGAAACAAAAGGUUGUUACAACUGUGGAGAAAUGGCACAUCUCAACCAGAACUGCCCAAAGAGAUGGAUCACUUGUUUCAACUGCCAGCAGACUGGUUAUCUUGCAAAGGACUGUCCCAAACCACGGCUGAUGAAUCAACCUCAAGGGACGACCGGGAAUGCUAGAGUACACCAGGGAAGAGUGUUUCAUCUGACACAACAAGACAUGACAGAAGACCCAGCAGUAAUUGAAGGUACCAUGCUCUUAUCUGGUAUCUCUAUGCAUGUUCUGAUCGAUUCAGGAGCAAGUCAUUUAUUCAUUUCACAUGCAUUUGCUAAAGUAUUAGGAGACAAACCAGAAAACUUGAAUUGUCGUAUGAUUGUCGCAACCCCAAUGGGGAAGUCUCUAGAAACUUCAUCAGAAUACAAAAAUAGGAAGAUACAAAUAGGAGAAGUUGAGUUCCUGGUGGAUCUAAUCCUUUUGGAAUUUCAAGAUUUUGACGUGAUCCUAGGAAUGGACUUCCUAACCAAGUAUAGUGCAACAUUGGACUGUAAAGCUAAAACAGUCUGUCUUAGGAGCAGAGACUUAAACGUCAAGUUUCAAGGGCAAAGGAGGGCAAGUGAUCGGAAAUGGAUCUCGACUCUAAAGGCUGAGAAACUAUUACGUCAAGGAGCACGAGGAUACUUGUCUUGUGUCUAA